UUGAGUUUGACAAACGUUGGACUCUCUUGUUUGCUUGGUUUAUUCCGACAGUUGCAGACAUCUCACGGCAUAUCCACCUACAUCCCUACCUUAGAUACCAUCGCCUGUUUAUAACUUUUUCUAGGAAACAUCUGUUUCUCUUUCUUGUUGCUGUCUCUAUAACCCUCCUAACAGGGUCAUUGUCCAACACUCGAAAAGGGCAGCGCGGUAGCUGGGUUUCGACAUGGGUUUGAGUUGCGCGGGAAAAGAGCGGUUGAAGUGGACUCAGGAAUUACAUGAUCUGUUUGAAAAAGCAGUUAUUCAGCUUGGAGGUCCUGAUAGGGCCACACCAAAAUGUAUCUUGAAGGCUAUGGGUUCUUCUGGACUAACCAUCUACCAUGUCAAAAGCCACUUACAGAAAUACAGGAUGUCAAAAUUUAUUCCAGAAUCGUCCAGUAGAGGCAAGUUUGAAAGAAGAAGCAUUUCUGAAAUUUUGCCCAACUUCAGCACAACAUCGGGUGCUCAGCUAAAUGAAGCACUCCAAAUGCAAAUGGAAGUUCAAAGGCGUUUGUGUGAUCAACUUGAGGUCCAGAAGAGCUUGAAACUGAAAAUCGAAGCACAAGCAAAGUUCCUGGAGAGAAUCACAGAGGAAUUUAAGGACCGGGUAAGCAUUGCAAAGUCAAGCAAGCCUUUCUCUCCAGUAUCACUUCCUUCCCUCUGUGACGAGUCCGAGUCAAAUAUGAAGGAAUUUGAAUCCGAUUCUGAGGCCGAGAAGAGUGAAAUUGAAGAAUUCCGAGCUCCAAAGAAGCUUAGAGUUGAGGAAAAUGUCAUCCAUCAAAGAUAUAAACUUGCACCAUUUGAUUCGGGAACUUAUAAUCAAACCAUGGUUCAGCCACAAGAAGUGAGAAAUUCAUAUUCUGCCAAUGAAUUUAGCUUUCCAUGGAAUGUUUCAGCUUGCCAAUCUCCUCUACUGCCAGCUUCAUAUGGUUGUUUGUUUUGAUUAGAAAGGUAUUCUGCUAAAUAAAGUAGCUGGGCUGUGGGUUUGCUUAUGGGAACGCCCAGGAUGUAGUAGAAGAAUGGGU